AUGGCGACCUUAACAGACCCAACAAACGCCACGCGCGCAACCCCUAAUAUUCCCUUCGAGCAAGCAAUCCUACACAUCGGCAGCUCAACCUUCAUAAGUGCCCCGUCCCAAGAGGUCUGGGCCGCCUUAACAAACACAUCAACAUGGCCAAGCUGGAAUACCUUCGUGCCACGCAUAACCAUCCGCUCCCAGCCAGCCCCAGACCCGUCUCCAUCCACCUCCGCACCAGACCCAACACCAGCAUCAACAUCUACAUCCACAUCCACACCAACAGAAACAAAUUUAUCUCCAAUCCUGCAAAAAGGAACAAAAUUCACCUUGCACGUUCGCAUGGAUUCAACAUCUACCAAGCCCCAACCAUCAAAAGACAUACAUGCUCUCGUAAGCGAAUGUAGUGCGCCAAACGCGGAGACAGGUCAGGGCGGCCGUAUCGUGUGGAUCGCUGACGCCGAAGCGCCGGGUGCGUUUGCGUCAUCGCUUUUACAGGCGGAGCGGGUGCAUGAGUUUACGGCUGUGGAGGGUGGGACGGAGGUGCGGAAUUGGGAGGCGCAGAAUGGGUGGUUGGCUUAUGUGGUGCGGUGGAUGUACGGGGUUAAGCUGCAGGAUUCUUUUGACCUGUGGGUUGCUGAUUUGAAGGGUUUUGUCGAAGGCAGUAAUGCCGCUGCUUGA